AUGUCUGCACCAAAAAUCCCGAAUCUUCUAUCUCUACCAGGCGGUCCACGAUCUCGAGGUGGUCGAGGCAGAGGCCGAGGGCGCUCUGCAGGAGACCCGGAUCAUGGAAAUGCUGGUGGGAGUGCUCGGAAUCGCAAAGAUCUCGACAUCCAAUCUACAGACACAGAUGCAGCAGUAUCGCGGCUCAGCGCAGUGACUCUGGGCUAUCUGCAUGAUCCCUAUGCCUCCCUCUUUGUCGCUGGUGUCGGGACUCGCAGGUUGCCCAUCAUAAAUCGAGGCACCUAUACACGAACCACAGCCCUCGAUAUCCUUAUAAAUGCCUUCCUCUCACAUUCCGACCCCGACCAGCCGCAAACGAAACAAAUCAUCUCUCUUGGCGCAGGUACAGACACUCGAUAUUUUCGUCUGCGAUCACAAAGUAAACACCAUAACCUGAUAUACCACGAAUUUGAUUUCCCUACCGUCUCGGAAACGAAACGGCGGACGGUAUUGGGCAAUCUAUUGCUAUCAAAGCUUAACGAAGACGAGGCUCUUUUCCCGGAUCCGCGACAUCCACCACCAAAUCAAGUAUCAGACUGGGGCUUCACCCAGUCCAAGAACGGAAGAUCGGAGACAACAUACUGCUGCCAUCCACUCGACCUCCGACAGCUGCCCUAUACCCAACCACCGCACGAGUUCCACAGUCUAAAGACCGACAUACCAACGUUGAUUAUCUCCGAAUGCUGUCUUUGUUACCUAGAAGUGGAUAAUUCCCGAGAUGUAGUAAAGUGGUUCGUAGACAGGGUCCCUUCCUUGGGAAUCGUAUUAUACGAGCCAAUUGGGGUCGAUGAUUCGUUUGGACAAGUGAUGGUCGCUAAUCUUGCAGCGAGGGGGAUCACAAUGCCGUCGUUACGAUCCUACAAAACGCUAUUGGAUCAGAAAAGUCGACUUGGGGAACAUGGCUUUACUUAUGAAAGCGGGGGUCAAGAAGCGGAGACUGUCGAGAAGAUAUGGGAGCAGUGGAUCCCCGCCCCGGAAAAGGAGAGAGUGGAUAGUCUCGAAGGUCUAGACGAAGUCGAAGAGUGGCAAAUGCUCGCACGACAUUAUGCUGUCGUCUGGGGAUGGAGAGGAAACUCGGGGUGGGAGGGCUGGCGCGACUUGCGCACAACUCCCGCACCUCCACCAUCAUAAUUCUAAUGCAAGACAUCCGGCACAUCUGAACCGAUGGUCAAGGUUUCAGAAAGAUUGUCGUUAUACAUUCCUCCACCUAUACAACGCAUUCCCCC